UUUUCUGUUUAUCCCUCUCUCACUUUCCCUUCCCCAUGUUGUUUGAUAAGUCCUUGAGGGCAGGGACCUGCAUUUGUGCCAAGGGCAUUGAUGAUCUCAAGGAAUAUUAGGCAUCUAAAGUGAAAAGCCAAGUCCAGUCUAGUUAUAUAUACAUAAAGUGAAGAAAUACCCAACGUUCCCUGCCUCCAGGUGGCAUAUUAGAAGUUGCCAGUGGUGGGCAAGAUAGUUUUCAAAGAAUCCCUGAAUUGCAUACAAAACAUCCCUGGUGAUAGCCACUUCACUGGAACUGCACUUAGUAACUACCUUUCCAGCCCCUGGUACCCAUCAUAGCAACUGCCUGGCAACCAUAGCACCUCCCAUAGCAACCACCCACUGAUAGCAACUCCCAUAGCAACCAUUGUGAGGAAAGAUGAUGUUGAGAAGCAGUUACCUUUUUUUUUGCUGCUCCCCCAAUAUACACUCCCAUCCUAAGUCACUGGGCCCAACAUUCACCCACAACCCCUGAACACUCUCUCCCCUUUUCCUUUCAGCAACUGGUUGUACUUUUUAUCUUGACUCUCUAACUAGCUUGAGCAACCUCUUAUGAUGAGUCCUUUUUUGUUUUGCUUUUGGGUGGAAGAGCCAUGACAAGGGAAAGGGAUCAUUUUAAUUGUGGGGGGACUGAAACGUGUGCAGAAUGUAGCAAAAAGUGGCCAUUUAUUUGUGGAAAGAAAGGCUGCAGCUUCCUAAAGGAGGGAGUUGGAAUUGUAUCCUAUCCAUCGGUGUUCACAAAGAAAUCGGGACUUUUGCAAAAAGAAGACAAAUACACUGGUCAUUGGAGAACAGAUACAUACUGGCCUUUUGAAUAGGUACCCGAAGCUGCUUUCCACAUGUGUUGGACUUGAACUCUUACAAUCACUAACCGUUGUGUAUGGAGUGGAGCUGGUGGGGCUUGGCAGUCAUUGCAUUUUGGGCAGCUGGUAUGAUAAGGAGUGGAGGGGGUGUGGGGGACACUGAGCAACUUUUGCAGGAAGUCUGGGGCUUGUCACUUGCAAAAGCCCAUCAUGAACUGGGAGGGUAAAGAAGUUAGCAUAUAUUAGCUGCAUAUGAAUAUGCUAAAAGCUAUGUGGAACAAUGGCCUGGACGAUUAUCCUGAAUUUGCAAAAAUAACUAUGGAAGGGUUGCUUCCCACAUGUCCUUAGCAAACAUGGACUGUCCUAGAUAGUGCCCUGCUAUGUUUUGAGCACCUUUCCAUCUAUAUCUUUAAAUGGGGUUAUCCUAAAUAUCAUCCACAGUUAGCAUACAUUUAUGAAACAAGAUACAAUGGCUAAUUCCUUUUCAAUGUUUUCUCCCUGAAUUUUAUUCCACUGGGGUUCCAAAUCGGAAAACUAUCAUUUUGCCAUUGCUUCUCUUCUUCCUGUCAGAGAACAGGCCUUGCACAAUUUCUCUCAUUUCAAAAUAGAGCACUGCUUAUCUGUAGUUGUUAUUUUUUAGAUCAGAUGUUUGCAUGUUUAGAUAAGGUCUCUGUUCUGCAUGAAAGCUCGUACUAUCUUCAAGGGUUUUUCAAAGGUUCCAGUAGCUAUUUUUUUUCUAUAUUGCAUUUACAAACCAUAUACAUAUAGGCAUCUGCUCAAGUGGGGGUGGGGAAUCCAUAUUGUACAUUCUGCAAAAGUCUGCUGUAGGACCCAGAAUAAUCUGUAGCUACCAGCUGCGUAUGGUUUGCAAAUGCAAAGACUGCCAUCGGUUGGCGUUUCAUUGUCAAGGACAGAGGGAGAGAGAGAGAGGGAGCUCAAGCCAGUGCACGCCAGUCCUGUUUGGUUUGCUAAACAAACCAAUAGGUAUCCAAGAUUUUACUUUUUUUUUUUUUAAGGACUACUCAUUGUAUCCAUGGGGGAGGGAGCGGUAACAGAUAUUGAAUUGCUUUAGCAAGGCUGAGGAAGGGAGGGGGAACUCCAUGCUGUUUGCAAUAAAUGUAAAGUCCCUGAAAUGAGAGGAAUUAAUAGGUGGCUUCAGGUAGGGAUAUGUAGGUAACUUGCUUUAGGUAGCAUUUGGUUUGUGUAAGGGCAGGACUGUCCCGUCCAUUUAUUUUGCUAAGAAACCAGAGAACCAGUGCCUUUUCAUAUGCAAAGAAAUCCACCCAUCUCUACUUCCUGCAUUUGUUCUGUCAAAGUGAGCUUAGGUAUAGACUUUAGGCAAAAACCGCAAGAGAGAGGAGUCCCUUGCUAAGGAGGCCUGGGAUGGUUAAAUGAAAAGGUGUCCUACAGCCUUCUCUUAAAUAAUUAUAUGUAAAAGAAUAUAUCUACAAUAUAUUAGGGUUUACAAAGUAUGUUAUUAAAAUAGUGAACAGAAAUAGAUAAGUGCAUAUUUCUCACGCACGCACGCACGCACGCACGCACAGGCGCGCGCACACACACACGAUUGCUUUUGAAAGGAAAAAUAGAAAAUACAGGAAUAGCUACUGCAAGGGAAUCUACUGCAUUUUCAUUUGCUAAGCGGGCUCCUGGCUCCACUGCUCCCUUGCCUGGUAGGAGAAGGAAAUAGCCAGACUAGGUAUUCUGCAGGUCUGAAGAAAUCCAAAAUGGGCUAUACAGAAAAAGGAGCGUCCAGAAUGCUGUUCCUUCUGCUGCUUUGCUCCGUGCCUCUUUCGCAAGGCCUGCCCCUCUGGGAAAAUGAUGACAUGGUCCCGGCCACGCCCUCCGCACAGCUGGAGGCCCUGUCCUCAGAGGCCAUGGAUGGACCCAAGGAGGAGGAACGGGGGGCCUCAGCUGAGGUGAGGGGGUCCUCGCCCCCCAGUCCUGAAGGCCUCUCUGAAUUGCUGCAGGGGGCACUGCUGAGGAAGGAGUUUCUGGGGGGCGAGUUGUUGGAGGAACCCAUCCCUGGAGGUAGCCCUUCGACCUUGCCACCUUUCCAUCCUCCUGUCCAACACCUGGACGGCGGGGUGGUCCCCGAGGCCUCCGAAGCCGCAGCCACUGGCCCCUCCCCUUUGACCACUGCAGCACCCCCCACCGGCUUCCUGCUCACGACCCCUCCAGCUUCCACAGCGGCGGCUCCCCCUCGCCUCCCUCCGCCACCGGAUGAGAAAGGCCCCGCCAGCCAGCACAUCUCUGCCACCACCACAGCCUUCAUCCCCGAAAGUGAUGAGGAGACCACGACCACACUUAUCACCACCACGACCAUCACUACGGUACACACCCCUGUGCUUUGCAACAACAAUAUUACUGAUGUGGAAGGCUAUGUUGAAUCUCCGGAUUACGCCGGUGCCACUUUCUAUGGAGGUCUGGACUGCACCUAUACGAUUUCUGUUUACAUGGGCUAUGGGAUAGAAGUACAGGUGCAGAGCCUGAACCUGUCCAAGGAGGAUUCACUGACAGUGGAAGGCCUAGGAGGGGAGAAGCCGGUGGUCUUGGCCAAUGAGUCAUUGAUGGUUGAGGGGCAAGUGAUCCGCAGCCCAACCAACCAGGUGUUGAUUCACUUUCAGAGCUAUCACACCACCAGCCCUGGAAUCUUCAAAUUCCACUACCAAGCUUUUCUGCUCAGCUGUGGCUUCCCUAGCCGACCUGAGAAUGGGGAUGUCAUGGUUACAGACCUCCACCCCGGUGGCUCCGCCACUUUUAAGUGUGAGUCGGGCUUCCAUCUACGAGGUGAGGAGACCCUCAUCUGCCUCAAUGUCAGCCGUCCUCGUUGGAGUGGUACCAGCCCUGCAUGCGUGGCUUCCUGUGGAGGAACAGUUCAUAAUGCCACCCGUGGGCGCAUUGUGGCUCCUGAAGCACCUGGUGGACCUCAUGGCCGGAACCUGACGUGUCGUUGGUUGGUGGAGGCACCCGAAGGCCAGCGGCUGCACCUGCACUUUGAGAGAGUGGCCCUGGAUGAGGAUAACGACAAACUGAUGAUCCGCAGCGGGAGCAGCACCUUUUCUCCUAUCAUCUAUGACUCUGACAUGGAUGACGUCCCAGAACGGGGGCUGCUGAGCGAUGCCCAGUCUCUCAUUGUGGAACUGACCAGUGAGGGCCCCGCCACACCCCUUAUCCUGAGCCUGCGUUACGAAGCUUUUGAUGAAGAUCGGUGUUAUGAACCCUUUCUGGCACAUGGGAAUUUCAGCACAUCAGACCCGUUGUACCGUAUGGGGACUGUGGUGGAAUUUGCCUGCAGUGCUGGAUAUAUGCUUGAACAGGGGCCUUCUGCCAUCGAGUGCAUUGAUUCAAGAGACCCCCGGUGGAACGAAAGCGAGCCCACCUGUAAAGCACUAUGUGGCGGGGAGCUCUCUGAAUCAACAGGGGUGGUGCUUUCCCCCGACUGGCCCCAGUCCUAUGGGAAAGGGCAGGACUGCGUCUGGGGCAUCCGGGUGCAGGAGGAGAAGCGAGUGCUCCUAGACAUCGAGAUCCUCAACAUCCGCAAAUCAGAUGUGCUGACCAUCUUUGAUGGUGGAGACUUAACUGCCCGGAUCCUUGGCCAGUACUUGGGGCCUCACCCUCGCUUCAGCCUUUACUCUUCAGGCCCAGCUGUCACUCUCCAGUUCCAGUCAGAUCCUGGCGACCCUCUUUUUGGCCUCAGUCAGGGAUUCCUGGUGCGAUAUAAAGAGGUUCCACGAAAUGACACUUGUCCGGAGCUGCCUGAGGUGGAGUUUGGCUGGCGCACGGCUUCUCAUGCUGCCGUCAUCCGUGGCACAGUGGUGACUUACCAAUGCGAGCCAGGCUAUGACAUUGUGGGAUCUGACAUCCUCACCUGCCAGUGGGACCUUUCAUGGAGCAACAGCCCUCCCACUUGCCAGAAAAUUGUGAACUGCGCUGACCCAGGAGAAAUCAGCAAUGGCAAGCGCAGCGUCACCGACCGGCGUUUCUCCAUCGGCUCCCACGUCCAGUAUUUCUGCCACGAGGGCUACGUGGUGGAAGGCAGCAGCAUGCUGACCUGCUACAACCGCGACACAGGCACCCCCAAGUGGAGCGACCGUGUGCCCAAGUGUGUCUUGAAAUAUGAGCCCUGCCUGAAUCCCGGCGUCCCAGAGAACGGGUACCAAACACUUUACAAGCAUCACUACCAGGCAGGAGAAUCGCUGCGCUUCUUCUGCUACGAGGGCUUCGAGCUCAUUGGCGAAGUGACAAUCACCUGCAUCCCAGGUCAUCCAUCCCAGUGGACCAGCCAGCCCCCGCUGUGCAAAGUUGCCUAUGAGGAGUUACUGGAUGGCCGGAAACUAGAAGUCACCCAGACGACAGACCCUUCCCACCAGAUGGAAGGUGGCAACAUUGCCCUGGCAAUCUUCCUCCCCAUCAUCCUCGUCAUCCUCCUGAUCGGUGGCAUCUAUGUCUACUACACCAAGUUCCAAGGAAAGACCCUCUUUGGUUUCUCUUUCUCCAGCUCCCACAGCUACAGCCCCAUCACCGUGGAGUCUGACUUUAACAACCCUCUCUACGAGGCUGGGGACACCAGAGAAUAUGAAGUUUCCAUCUAGAAGAUGUUAGAGGAUCUGCGUUCUUCCCCAACCCAAGUGGGUUUGAGGAGCAGCGACUGAGAACGAUUCCUAUUUAGGAGGGAAUAGUGGAAGGUGGUUUUGGGGGGGGCUUAGGGGAAAUGGAGGGGAGAGAGGGAGCUUCUCCUCUCUACCCCACAGAUUCAGCUUUCUCCCUUCCUCUCCAUGUUGCUGCCUCAUUGUCCACUUUCCAGCUUUGGACGCCAUCCAAUCCCCAGCCCCUUGUAAAUACCCUCUUCAAUGUGCCAAACACGUUUCUCACACACACACACACACACACACAAACACACGCGCGCACACACUUUUUCUGCUUUUUAUCUCUUUGUUUACUCCCCCCCCACUUUCCUCUUUCCCUCACUUUGUUUAUUAUUUCCUUCGUGGUUGAGAAAGAGGGAGGGGUUCUGUGUCACCCCUUUUUUCCUUGCCUUGUCCUUUUUUAAUGAAGUGAAUAUCAGUUAUAGGUGCUGCCAUAAAAAAACUCUGUAAAGAAGAUUGUACAAUAACAUCACUAAAAACCAGCAUACGUGGCUUGUAGGAUGCAUUACCAUAAAUAAGCUAAAUUUGAUCUUAAUGGCAACAAGUCUCUAUGAAGAUAAAAGAAACAACUGGUAAGAGUUAUAAAAACAAAGAAAGGCUACAGUAAGUCAACCAGAUUUGUAUUCCUAAUCCUAAACUUAUUACAUGGGAGCAAAUCCUACAGAAUUUAGCAGAAUGUAGUUCCACCAACUUUUUGUGGAAUUGGGAAUAAAAACUUAGAGCCUCCAAAAGAAAGCCAGUGCUUGUCCUUUGAGAGGGAGAAGAGCAGGGUUACACAAGCUUUCAUUUCCACCUGCCCAUUCCAUGGAUAAUCUGGUCUUGGGAAAGGUCCUUUAGUGAAUCCAAAUUGCCCUGCAAGAAAGAAAGCAGCUGGGACUGCGGAGCAAUUACAGCAGGCGUGCUCUGCUUAUGUAGACCACCAGGUAUGAUACUGUGGAAGUCCUGCAAAAUGCACUGUCAACGCAGCUUUAUAGCACAACCCUAUGCAUGUUUACUUGGAAUGAUGUCCCAUGAUGUUCAAUGGGGCUUACUCCCAAGUAACCAUAUACAGGAUUGCAGCGUUAGUGAAUGAGCGCUGUCUAAUAAGGGCUUUCUGAUUACACUUCUGCUUUUCUUCCUCUGACUUUCUAAUCUUCCUCCCACCCACUUCCAGAAGCAGGAAAAUGUGAACAAAAAGGGUGACUGCAAACUGUUGUUACCUGAUGUAGAUCUUUAAAAAAAUCUUGCUAGAAAUCCUAUCGGCAAGUACGGCCUGCGGCUGAGCAGGGUGAGGGAGCCUGACUUGGGCAGAACAUUCUAAUUGCAUUUAUUGUACUAUUUUGGUUAGUAUGGUAGGGCAGUGGAGGAAACAUUUUCUAAGGAGGAACAACAAUGUUUCAGUUAUAUCUCCCUCUAAAUAAAUGCACACCAUGGCAUCCUAGAAUGUCUGGAAAAGUCCCAGAGACCUACUGACCUGGGUUGCACCAUCAUGCUGGGUUAAACAAGCUACAGUGGUGUGUUUGAGCUAUGGUAGGUGUUGGGCACCAUUUGCCUGGAGAUGUCAUGGCUUGUGAAGAGGGAACAAACCCUCAGAUAACCUAACAAUAGCCCAAGGGUAGCCAGGUCUCCUAAAAUGUGGAGUCUGCCAGUUUCUAAACUUUUGGGGCACAACACACGGGCAAGUUCCCCCAAAAUUUCAUUGACUCCUUGUGCAAAUCUUGUUCAUUUUCAUAGUGUUUGCACUGGAUAAUUGUGAGUUGUAUGGCCAUAUAUAAGUUUCCUGGCUUUCUGCCUCCUAAAUAUUUGAUGUCAGCACCUAAACAAGCUUUUUUCCAGUCCUGCCUUUUAAAAAUGAAAAUGCAGGAAAAAUGAAUCUUAUGUCUUUUAAAAAAUGGAGGUGGCCAUUUUGUUACUGAGCAAGUUCCUUUAAUUGUAAAACAUUGGACCCAUAGUGAUUAUGGAAUACAGGUCUCUCCUAAAGGAUAAAAUGUAGGCAGAUGAUUUUUAUGUCUCUUUCAGUCAUUGAAAGCCACAAAUAAAUUCACACAUGCUUUUAAGAACAAUUGUGCCAACAUUUGUGGUUUGGUUUGAUUUCUCCCUCCCACCCCCAUUUGCAGUCUUUUUAAAGAAAAGAAUGUCUAUUUACCCAUUUGUCUGGUAUGCUAACAAAAAUAAUAAACAAUCCAGAGGCUUUGUAGCCUGUACCUCUCUUUAUAAUAUCUCUGGAAUGAUAAAACAUAGGAUAUUUACUUUUGAGAAGUUAUUAUUCAUCCCUUUGAAGGUUAACUUCCUUUGACCAGGAAAAUUACAUGUGCACUUAGAACACUGGAAUAUUGGAAUACUGUUUUAUGGGUUAAACAUAGAAAAGCAUCUACUCAUUCAGGAUGCAAACACAGAGUUUCUCUUGAUAGCUUCCUAUGAUCAGAAUAGAGGGUCACAUAGUAUCGUGUGGCUUCUCCUUUAAGGACGUUGAAUAGGCAUUUUGUGUGGCUCUUCCCUGGAAGUCUUAAAAAGAAAUAGUAAGACCCAUCCUGCCAAAAUGGCUAAAAUAAAGAAUUCUGCUGCUGACAGAGACCUCCUCCCCUGAAGCUACACUCUGUAUGUAUAUGGGACUAUUCUAAUGGAAUUGCCAAAUCAUCCAACCUGGAGGAAAGGAAGUCUAAAGGCCCCAAAGGUCUAUGGGGGUUGUCCCUAUUUAGACUUAAACCCACCCAUCUGCCUCCAAUAUGGACUGGAUAUAGGAAUAUUCCCACUAUUCCUUUCUCAUCUUCCCUAGUAUCAGAUCAACCUUCCCUCUGUGGCCAUUCUCUUGCAUUUUGGAAAAAAAGCAAAAAUUAAUUUCCCCCCCUCUGUAGACAACCCAGUUCCUGUACGAGUUCCCUUUAUGUUGGGGGAAGAGCCAGUGUGAGGCACCCCCAAACAAGAUGGAGUUUCUGGGAACACUUCCAUUUGCACCCUUACUCGCCUAUUUUUCAUCCUUUGGGUAUUUUCUUCCCCUUCCCUAUUUGCUUUUAUUUUGGAGCAAUAAAUAAAACGCACCAUUUGUAAAA